AUGCGGUCUUCCUCGCAACCAUCGAGCCUAGUGCUGGCUCUCCUAGCCACGCCGUUUGCUCCCUUCGCUUCGGCUGAACGAGUCCUCGGAGCUUAUGUCUUUGCUCGCCACGGAGACCGCACCCCCAAGGUUCUGGGCAGCACACAGCUCACCGACCUGGGAUACAGCCAGGUAUACCAGACCGGCAGCUACUACCAUGACCGCUACAUCGACUCGGACUCAGCAUCCCACAUCGAAGGCAUCAGCUCCGACCUCGUCAAGCUCAGCCAAAUUGACACCUCCGCGCCCUCCGACAACGUGCUGCAGAACUCCGCCAUCGGCUUCCUCCAGGGCGUCUAUCCCCCGGCCGGCUCCUCCGCCAACCAAACCCUCAGCAAUGGCACCACCGUCGAAGCACCUCUUAACGGCUACCAACUCAUUCCUCUCUCGCUGAUCUCCCAAGGCACUGACAGCGAAGACAACACCUGGCUCCAGGACGCCACCGGCUGCGAGAACGCCAAAGUCAGCAGCAACAACUACUACAGCUCGACGCUGUACAGCGACAUCCUCUCGUCCAGCGCCUCGUUCUACAAAUCCCUCUCCUCCAUGCUCUCCGGCGCCUUCUCCGACAGCGAAAUGAGCUUCAAAAACGCCUACACCAUCUUCGACUACCUCAACGUCGCCUCCAUCCACAACACCUCCAACACCCCCUCCGCCUCCCAACUCACCCGCCUCUUCCACCUCGCCAACAUCGAACAAUACAACCUCGCCUACAACACCACCGACACGGCGCGCGCCAUCGCCGGCUCCCAACUCGCCGGUGAAAUGCUCGCCGCCCUGAACGCCACCAUCACCAACAAGGCCGAGAAAAAGAAACUCAACAUCCAAUUCGGCUCCUACGGCACCUUCCUCUCCUACUUCGGCCUGGCCCAGCUCCCUGGCGUGAACGUCAACUUCACCGGCGUGCCGGACUACGCAUCGUCCAUGGCCUGGGAGCUCGUCACCGACGCCCCGGGGUCCUCUUUCCCAUCGGAGUCGGAAAUCAGCGUGCGCUUCGUCUUCCACAACGGAACCAUCACGGACGGCAGCAGCCCGUCCGAAUACGCGCUCUACGGCGAAUCGAACGCCACGAUCCCGUGGUCCACGUUUGUCGAGCAGACGAAGAAGAUCGCCGUCUCGUCCGACGAAGAGUGGUGCGAGGUGUGCGGGAACUCGGAUAGUAAGUGUUCCUCGUCGGGGUCUGGGUCGGGCUCGGAUUCGGGCUCGGGCUCCGUGGGUGCGUCGUCGAAGGAUGACGGUGGCGUGUCGAGACCCGUGGCCGGUGUCAUCGGGGCCAUGGUGACUCUGGCUGUCAUUUUGGGUCUGGAGGCGUUGAUCCUGGCGGUGGGCGGGUUCCGGAUUGCGAAGAAGCAGAAGAACGCGGGUGUGGAGGCGCCGGUGGAGGCGGUUACGGAGAAUAAGAAGGUUGAUGUUUAA